AUGGCGGCUGAGCAGCUGGAGCUGCUGUGCGGGGUCUCUUCCAGGACUGGCUGGUCAGCGGCGGCCACUGGGGAAGGACCUUGUGGUCCUGAUGCUCGCGUACCCAGUGAUGGUGUUUAUGUCACUCAAGAUGGACUGGCCAGUCAGAGCCUCCAGACAGACUUGCCUUUCAGGCGAAGCAAAAACAAGUCACACCAAUAUAAAAAGAAGUUCCUGAAACUACCAAACGUCUUUCCUAAAACUACUUCCUUAAAGCAGAUAUGGUCUAAUGUCACACAAAAAAGUUUAAAGGGACUUGGAACAAGUGCUAAGGAACUUGGGGAAAUUUCCUCUUUUCUCUAUCUCCAGGUGAAGGCCAAGAAUGCAUUGACCUACAAUGAUGUACAUGUGAACUUUACUCGAGAAGAGUGGGAGUUGCUGGAUUCUUCCCAGAAGAACCUUUACAAAGAUGUGAUGCUGGAGAUUUACAAGAACCUCACUGCUAUAGGCUACAAUUGGGAAGAUCAUAAUACUGAACAGAAUUGUCAAAGUUCUAAAAAUCAUGGAAGGUACGAAAACAGUCAUACUGGAAAGAAAACCUAUGAAUAUACUGUAUGGGAUAAAGCCUUUGUAUAUCAUGGUCGUCCUCAAAGGCAUAAAAGAACCCAUACUGGAAAGAAACAUUAUAAAUGUAACCAAUGUGGUAAUACCUUUGCAUGCAACAGUCAUCUCCUCAGACAUAAAAGAGCACACACUGGAGAGAAACCUUUUGAAUGUAACCUAUGUGGUAAAGCCUUUGCAUAUAACAGUCAUCUCCUAAUACAUAAAAGAACACACACUGGAGAGAAACCUUAUGAAUGUAACCAAUGUGGUAAAGCCUUUGCACGAAACAGUCAUCUGGUAGUACAUAAAAGAACACACACUAGAGAGAAACCUUAUGAAUGUAAACAGUGUGGUAAAGCCUUUUCAUAUAACAGUGUUCUCCUAAGACAUAAAAGAACACAUGAUGGAGAAAAACCUUAUGAAUGUAACCAAUGCGGUAAAGCUUUUGCAUCUAACAGUGAUCUCCUAAAACAUAAAAGAACACAUAUUAAAGAGAAUUCUUAUGAAUGUAAGCAAUGUGGUAAAGCCUUUGCAUAUAAUAGUCAUAUGCUAAUACAUAAAAGAAUACACACUGGAGAGAAACCUUAUGAAUGUAACCAAUGCGGUAAAGCUUUUGCACGAAAAGGUCAUCUUGUAGUACAUAAAAGAACACACACUGGAGAGAAGCCUUAUGAAUGUAACCAAUGUGGCAAAGCCUUUGCAUAUAACAGUGUUCUCCUAAGACAUAAAAGAACACAUACUGAAGAGAAAUCUUAUGCAUUCAACCAGUGUGUUAAAGCCUUUGCAUGACAGAAUAGUCUUCAAACACAUGAAAGAACACACACUGGAGAGAAACCUAAUGAAUAUACACAAUAUGGUAAAUCCUAUGCAUUUCACAAUAGUCUCCAAAAACAAAGAAGAACACACUGGAGAGAGACCAUAUGAAUGUAACUAAUGUGGUAAUGUCUUACCCAAUACAAUCCUCUAAUACACAAAAUAACUCAUUUGAGUAAACCUGUGAAUGUAACCCAUGUGGCAAAACCUUUGCAUACCAUAAUAAUCUACAAAUACACAAUGGAGUGAAACUCUAUGAAUGUAACCAUUGUGGGAAAGACUUUGUGCUCAACAGUCAUCUAAUACGUUAAAGAAGACAUACUGGAGAGAAGCGCUAUGAAUGUAACCAGUUUGAUGAAAUUUUUGCACUUCAGAAUCAUCUUCAAACUCAUGAAAUAAAUCAUACUGGACAGAA